AUGGCUUCACCGACCGUUCAAAGCACCAACGACGAGAACAUGUCGCCCGCCAAACCCACAGCUCAUCAGCGUAAUGCUACAUCUAACAGACGAGUGCUUGGAGAAGUGUCACCAAACAUCAAGACCGCUACCUCCGGCCCAAUGUUCACGGGCAAGCCGCUGGCGGGCAGCCCAUUGAAGCGAAGCUUUACGGCGGCAAUGGAGGGCGGUGAGGGGCUGAUGUAUCUGAAGAGGAGGAAGCUGUCGGAUGAUGAGCUGUUGAGUCAGGUGGAUGGGCCGUAUGAGCGGAGUGGGCAGGAUGAGAGUGGGCAGUCGAUGGAGGAUGCGGGGAGCCUUCGUCCUGUCUUUCAGUCGCGGGAGGAUAUGAGGGUGGACAUUCCAACAAUAACCGAAGCCUCGCCCACCGAACCCAACACGCCCUCCGAAGAAGACGAUUCCACUCAACAUUCUUCCGAAGGACGCAAGUCCUUCUCCUCACUCAUCAACUACGACCCGUCCUCUCAAACCUCCACAUCGAUCUUCAAAACCAUCUCCAACGCCGAAAUGCUCAAGCUCCGACUGCGAGUCGCCAUGUACAAAGUACGGACGAACCAAGUCGAGACACCUUUCCUCGACCUCCACGUGGAAGAACGCUCACGAGCCUCACCACUCGAUCCCAACGCCGCGGCAAGAGAGGCUGUCGAGCAGUUACGACAAGAAGCACAAGCAAUCGCAGCGCGAGAUCGAGAGCGAGCAGCCGUUCCGAGAUUACUGCCAGCACCUGUGCUGAGACCAACGGCGUACAGCAGUCGCAUGAUCUACGACACGCAGCUGCCGAGCUCGCCGCCUAUCUCCACUUCAUCGAACGGGCUGCCCUUUGCACCUCCUGCAGAAGAGGUCUCGACGCCAAUGCAUGCCGCAGCAAGGCUGGACAGUCCCCCGAGCAGUAGACGGAGGCUGGCGAUGCCGAAUGAGCAGGAGCUGACGAGUAGUGUGGUGAAGGGGAGGGUGGCGGAGGGGUUGCUGGGGCUGAGGCAUGCUGUGUGA